AUGAGCAAGCCACUUUCAUACGGCCUCAACCUAAGCAAAAAACCCGGCUCACAAAAACCAAACCCCGCAAAGCGACGGCCCGUGUUCGGCGACGAUGGCGACUCGGACGAUGACGACAACCGCACCGGCGACAAAGGCGGACAGGUCGAGGUGAUCACAGAGAUCCGCGACGCCGCACCGCCAACCCGCAACCGAGACGUCAAGACGUCAGCAGCAGCAAAGUCUAAACCUGGCAAUGGGUCAAGGCCAUUGUCAGGGGCAAAGCCGGCGGGUGCCGCAGGAAAGCAGGUGCCGAUAAUCGGCGACCUGUCGAGCGCGCUGACGGCGCGCAAGCAUGCGGAGAGCGCCGAGCAGGAGGACCCGUCGAUAUACGACUACGACGCGGCGUACGACUCGUUCAAGGCGGCGCCCGCCGCUGCAGCAGCGGCCAAGGCCGCCUCGGCGGCGGACCGCAGGCCGCAGUACAUGUCGAACCUCAAGAAGAUGGCCGAGGUGCGGGAGAGGGAUCGCAAGAUCGCAGAGGACAAGAAGAUGAAGCGGGAGCGCGAGGCUGAAGGGGAUGAGUUCGCGGACAAGGACAUGUUUGUGACCGAGGCAUAUAAGAAGCAACAGGAGGAGAACAGGAGGCUGGAGGAGGAGGAGAGGUUGAGGGAGGAGGCCGAGGACAAGAAGAACGAGGCCGGCGGUAUGACGGGCUUCUACAAGCGACUGCUGGACCAAGGCGACAAGAGACAUGCCGAAAUGAUGAAGGCUGCCGAGGAGGCACAGAAGAACGGUGGACCGCCAAAGCCCCAAGAGGACGGACCAGAGGAAAAAGAGAAGACGGACGUCGAUGUAGCGCGGGAAUUGAACGAGAAGGGUGCCGCCGUAGCCAUCAACGAUGACGGCCAGGUUGUGGACAAGAGGCAACUGCUCAAAGGUGGGCUCAACCUCGGUGCCAAGAAGAAGACAGAGGUCAAGAAGGACGACGAUCGCGACCGGAGGGAUGAGCGCGACAGGCAAGCCCAUGGGAGCAGCAGGGGUUACUUUGGCGGCGGAGGCAAGCAGGCCAUGCGGGAUCGGCAGUCACGCAUGAUGGAGGCUCAGUACGAACAGGCUCUCAAACGUUCACGGGAGGAGGCCGAGGAAGAGCGCAAGAAGAUUGAGCUAGUAUCCAAGAGUCGCAAGACAGAGAGCGAUAUCUCGAGCGCCAAGGAAAGAUAUCUUGCGCGCAAGAGGGCCGAAGCCGAGGCGAAGAAGAACGGCACUGUAGAUCCGUAA